AUAAAAAGAGCUAUUGUUACUCAAAAAAGAAAAAAGAAAAAAAAUCACCUCGUCCUUUAUCUCUCCACUCACUUUUUUCUUUUUUUCUUCUUCUUACUUUCCUUUUCCUAAUUUGGAUCUACAUUUGUUUGUAUAUUCAACAACGAUGCUUUCACGAUGGCAUCAUUUUUUUAAAAAAAAGAAAAAAAAUAGCAGUAACGAACAGGAACUUCGACGAGACAGCAUCUAUGAAGAAGUACGUCGUACCUCACUUUUAUCAACACACAGCUCUCUCCCAUCAUCCCAUCGUCCAAUCUCUUCUUCAAACCUUAAUCUUGCACGCACAGAAACCACGGUUAAGUUACGAAAGAUUGCCUCGGACGGACGUCGAGUCUUCAUUAAUUUGCCCCUUCCUUCUUACACUUUAAAAGCCAAUGGAAAUGCUGUCUAUACCUACGUCUCCAACAAAAUCAGAACGUCCAAAUACACCGUCCUUUCAUUUGUUCCCAAAAACUUGUUCGAACAAUUUAGAAGACCAGCCAACAUGUACUUUUUGGGCAUGGCCAUUCUGCAAAUGCUUCCCACAUUUGGUGUUAAAUCACCUGCAUUGACGUUAUUACCCAUUUGUACCGUUGUCUUUAUCACUGCCGCCAAAGACGCCUUUGAGGACUUUCAACGUCACAUUGUCGACCGACAAUACAAUCAAAAUAUCACGCAUACUUUGACAGGUUACAAAAACACGAAUUUUCCUGCAUCCAGUUCCAAGCAGCAUUUUUUUAAAUCCUCGCCUUUCGGCAGCAACAAAGUGACACAUCAACCCGAAAAAGAAGAAAACAGCACAUUAGAAGAAGACGCAGCCGAUGUCUUUCACCCAUCCUUGUCCAAAGAUAUUCGUGUAGGUGAUUUUAUCUUGUUACGCAAUGGCGAUAGUUUACCUGCAGAUGCCGUCUUACUAUCGUCUUCCGAUAACGAAGGUGUCUGUUUUGUCGAAACCAAAGAUUUGGAUGGCGAAACAAACUUAAAGCCACGUAACAGUAUACCAGAGUUUCAACAUAUUCAGUCGGGGGCAGACUGUUUAAACGACUGUCAUUUUUAUUUGGAGGCCGGUGCUGCUUCGCCCGAUCUUUACAAGUUUAACGGGACCUUGGUCACGCUGGAACAGCAUGGGGAUAAAUGGGUCGAGAAAAGCAAGACACCCAUCGAAAUCGAGAAUAUCUUGUUGCGUGGUCAUGUCAUUCGGAAUACAAAAUGGGCCAUUGCUGUCGUUUUAUUUACUGGCACAGAUACCAAAAUUAUGUUGAAUUCAGGUGAAACUCCCAGCAAAAGAAGUCAAAUGGACAAGCAAAUGAACCAAGAGAUCUUUAUAGCGUUUGGUGUGCUCUUUUUGCUUUGUUUGGUCUGUGCCAUUAUGGCAGGUGUCAUGAGAGCCCGGGAUAUUGCCUCCGGUUCUCCCAUGCUCUACACCGCUCAAACUGAUUCACCAGCCUAUGCAGGCUUUUUGAAUUUCUGGUCCAGUCUCAUCAUCUUUCAAAACAUUAUACCAAUCUCCCUCUAUGUAUCUAUUGAAUUCGUAAAGACCUUCCAAGCUUAUUUUAUUUGGAACGAUCUCGACAUGUGGGACCCUAUCUCUAAAAAACCUUGUGUACCCAAAACCUGGACUCUAUCCGAUGAUCUUGGUCAGGUCGAAUAUAUCUUUUCCGAUAAAACAGGAACACUUACGCGUAACAUUAUGGAAUUUCGUGAAUGUACCAUUAAUGGUACACGAUACGGAGAUAAUGGAUUCUCCCCUGAAUCUGAGGGAGCACGAGGUGCUCGUCUUCGUAAAGAAAAAGAAAAUGCCACACAACAUCAAGAAGAAGCAGAACCUAGUCAAUCGCCACACUUGAUUAACACCGACGAAGACCCGUUUGCAAGUAACGAUGAAAAACACGCGGAUCAUGAAAAUAAGGAAAAACGUUUGGAAAUCAUUCAGGAUUAUGAAACUCAAUUGAAAUCUAUAUUUGAACCAGAGUAUGCGUCCUUGGAUCCAGAUCGUCUUUCAUUUGCGGAUCCUCAAUUAUUUAAAGAUCUUAAAAACGAUAGUGUAGAGGAUGAAGAUUCACGUACCCUGAAGGAGUUCUUUAUGCUGCUGGCCUUGUGUCAUACUGUUGUGAUCGAAAGAAUUGGAAAGGAUGGUAAAGUGAUGGAGGAUACGGAAGAUGAAGACGACCAAGACAUCAAGGCACAGCCAAAAAUUGCCGAAUCCGAUGAAACAAAAGUCGAAAAGAAAACAGACGAUACCGCCACAAAUUACUCGGCCGACGACCAUGGCGACAAAAAAAAUGCUUCAUUUUCGAGAUCUUUCAAUAAAAAAAUUCGAAAAUUGCACUUGAAAAAACUGAAAAAGAACCGUAGAAAGAGUCGUGGUGAAGAAUUUGAUUCUAUCAUGCAAGAAGAUAGUCAAGAUAAAGUAGAUCACACCGUUCAAUCUCAAUUGGAUUAUAAAGCAGAAUCCCCUGACGAAGCUGCUCUCGUCAACGCUGCCAAAAACGCUGGAUUUGCUUUCAUCAGACGAAAAGGUCAGACCUUAACCGUCGAUAUUUUAGGCCACGAAUACGAUUUUGAGUUGCUUGACGUCUUGGAAUUUAAUUCCGAUCGAAAACGUAUGAGCGUCAUCUUACGUCGUCCAGCUCCUUGGAACGAUAUCGUCUUGUAUUGUAAAGGUGCCGAUAACAUCAUCUCGGAACGAUUGGAUGAACACGGCCAAGAUGGGGAUAUUGUCAACAAAACUUUUGAUGAUGUCGAGGCAUUUUCUAACAAUGGUCUUAGAACAUUGAUGUUAUCAUAUCGUAUCUUGGAUGAAACCGAGUACAACCAUUGGAAAGAGGAAAUGAAAGAGGCCAGCACGGCUGUUGAAAAGAGAUCAGAAAAAAUUGCCCAAGUUCAAGAAAAGAUGGAAGUCAAUCUUAAAUUAUUGGGAGCAACAGGUAUUGAGGAUAAGUUACAAGAAGGUGUGCCUCAAUGCAUCGAGGAUUUACGUCGAGCAGGUAUCAAGGUUUGGGUGUUGACAGGUGAUAAAUUAGAAACAGCUAUCAAUAUUGGAUACGCAAGUAACUUACUUGACGGUGAUAUGAAACUUUGGACUAUACGUGGUAGUGAUAACCCCGAACAAGUAUUACAAAAUCUCGUAGAUACCUGUAACGAGCUGGACAGUAUUGGAGAAAAAUAUCAAACUAACGCUGAAAACAACAGUGCCAUACCUCCGGAAAAUGCUCUCAUCAUUGAGGGGUCCGCCUUAGUUCAUAUUUUUGAAACUGCUGAAUCAAAAGAAAAACUGCUAGAGAUUGCCAUUCGCUGUAAAAGUGUGGUGUGCUGUAGAGUCAGUCCUCUUCAAAAGGCCCUUGUUGUCCAACUCGUUCGAAAAUAUCAUAAUGUCGUAACUUUGGCUGUAGGUGACGGCGCUAACGAUGUAAGUAUGAUUCAAGUAGCAAAUAUCGGUGUGGGUAUUGCUGGUCAAGAAGGUGUUCAAGCAUCCAUGGCUGCAGAUUAUGCCAUUGCUCAGUUUAGAUUUCUUCACAAAUUAUUACUAGUGCAAGGCCAUUGGAGUUAUGCCCGUAUAUCACAAAUGAUUCUUACUUUCUUCUUCAAAAACGUAUUAUGGGUAUUCCCUUCAUUGUGGUAUCAAAUUUAUAGUGGCUGGUCAGGAAAUAUCUUUUACGAUUAUUCGUUUCUUCAAUUAUAUAAUAUUAUCUUUACUGUUGCUCCAGUGGUUAUUCUUGGUGCCACUGAUCAAGAUAUAACAUCGCCUUAUUUGAAACACUUACCGCCCAUCUAUACCAUUGGUAUUGAGAGAAAACUAUAUACCAAAUUCCGAUUCUGGCUAUAUUUCUUUGAUGGCAUCUGGCAAUCCCUUGUGGUAUUUUAUGGUUUUUACUUUCUUUAUAUUGGUGGAAACCCCAACCCUCAUGGACGGUCUGAGUCUAUGCUCCAGCUUUCUACCUCGGUUGCUGUUACGACUAUCGUAUUGGCCAAUAUUAUGCCUGGGUUUAAUACGUAUUACUGGACCUGGUGGCAAUUCUUCUUUGUCAGUCUUGAAAUUUUACUAGCCUUCUUGUGGGUAGUGGUCUAUGGCGCUUUCCCUGCCGUCUCGCUCUUUGGUAUGGCAAAAAUGGUGUUUGGGUCAUGCUCCUUCUGGAUGACCUUCAUUCUCACUCUGGUAAUUGCAUUCUUACCGCGUUAUAUCAUUACAUUUAUCACACAAUGGUGGUACCCAAAUAUCGUGUCCAGGGGUAGACACUUGGAGCUUUACGAAAAGAAAAUGAAGAAGAAAGAACGCCACACAGGUUAAUUUUUCUACUUAUCAGGCAAUCUAUAAAAUACAUAAACGGAGAGAAGACUUUACGUUGUACCAUAUAUUUACUACUUUUUAAUUUAUUUCACUUAUAAUAAAACAACUCUCCCAACUUC